GGGCGAGCGGCCUCGUGAACUGCGCUCCUCCUGCAGCGUCGUCGGGUCUCCGCAACGUGGUGGAGUCGCUUCCCCAGGAGCUCAGCGGCUCCAAGGAGGCUGCGGACACUCGCCCGAGCUUUGCCAGAGGUGCCAGCCAGGGCCUCGCAAACCUGGCCGUCAGGGAAGAUGGUUCCCGCCCCACGGCAGUGCCUCACGCACUGGAGCUGCUAGCCGAGGUGCCGGCCUUCGACCCCAGUAGCGAUGGACACAAGCGGAAGCUGGCACAGGCGCUGGAGAGCCUGAGGAAGGCUUCCGCGGAGGACCUGCAGGGAGCCCUCGGGCGCCAAGCCUUGGCGGAGUGUGCACCGAAGGUCGAGGCGGUCUUCGAAGAGGCCCUCCGCCUCGGCAGCGAGAAGGAUGCCAACGCCGCGCUCUGGCUGGCCGGACGUCUCCCCGAACCGGAGGAUGAGGUCACCCUGCAGCUGUCCCUCCGAAGAAGGUGGGACCACCAUUGCCUGCAGGAGGCCCUGCUGAAGGCGCAGAGGCUCCUGGAGCCCGCCGGGGCGGCGGCCGGGGAGCUGGAGGAGCACAGGGAGUUCAUGGAGGCUCUGGACCUCGCCGAGCCCCUGCGCCGCAGAGAGCAAGAAGCCACGGGCGGUUUGCGGUUCCACGCUCCCCGCGCCCAGCGCUCCGCGGCCGCGGAGAUCGAGGCCCUGCUGGGAGCGCUGGGCCCCGCGCUCCGCGCCACGGCGGAGAAGAAGCUGGCGACGGGAGACGUGCGGAAGGUCGAAGCCCUCCUUGCGACCGUGGGCAGCGCCCGACUGGGAAGCUUGCAGCUCGCAGAGGUUCAGCAGGAAGUGCAGCGGCUCCGUGCCAUGGAGCUCCUGGAG